CCUAAUCAUCUUCAUAUCAGCCAUGGCAAUCAUUAUCGAUUCUCAAUUUCAGUACUUAUUUUUUCCCAUCUGCAUAAUACUUGUAGUUGGGAUUCUUUCCUUCAUCAAAAAGAGUGCAAAUUCCAAAAAAAAUAUUCCAUUGCCGCCGAGCCCGGCAGCUCUGCCGGUGAUCGGCCAUUUGCAUUUGCUGAGCUCCACUUUGCACAUUUCCUUCAAGAACUUAUCUUCUAAAUAUGGGCCUUUUAUGCUUAUUCGUGCUGGCGCAACCGCUUCAUAUGUUGUCUCUAAUGGUGCUAUAGCCAAGGAAGUGUUCAAAACUCAUGAUAUUAAAUUCGCAGCCAGGCCAGAAUUUGGUUCCUCGGAUUACCAAAUAUAUAAGGAUACAUUGUUUUCUACAUUGGAUUAUGGGAAAUAUUGGAUUUUCUUGAAGAAAAUAUGCAUGAUGGAAAUUCUUUCGACGCAGCAGAUUAAUCGGUUUGCUGAUACAAGGAGAGAAGAGAUGAUAGAUCUGUUGAGAAUUUUUGUGAAGAAAGCAGAGGAGGGAGAGGGAUGUGAUGCGGGAGUAGAAUUUAUGGCAAUGACGAACAAUUUGAUCUCCCAAAUGACAAUGAGCACGAGGUGUUCAACAAAUGCGGAUGAGACUUCAGAGAUAAGGGAAGUGGCUAAGGGUAUAACACUUAUUUCAGGGUUGCUAAGCUUGGGAGAAGCAUUUACUUUGUUGAAGAGGUAUGAUGUGUUUGGGGCAGGAAGAAAGGUGAAAGCCCUUUUGCUCCGAUUCGAUGCUUUAAUGGAUCGGAUUAUAUCAAAACAUGAGAUGGAGAUUCGAGGUGGAAAACGAGAGAAGGAUAUGAUGGAUAUUCUCUUAAGGAUUUCGGAAGAUAAAACUUCUGAUGUGAAGCUUACUAAAGCUGGUAUCAAGGGCCUUUUUCUGGAUCUUUUCUUGGGAGGUACUGAUACAACAAGUGUGGCUUUACAAUGGUCACUGGCAGAACUCCUUAAUCAUCCAGAGGCCUUAAAGAAACUUCAGGGCGAGAUCGACAACAUUGUGGGGUUAAACAGGCUAGUCGAGGAAUCAGAUGUCCCAAAUCUUCCUUACUUGCAUGCCGUUAUCAAAGAAACUCUUCGACUACACCCUUCAUUGCCCUUGGUCUUCCGAAAAUGCAGGGAGGACUGCAAGAUCAAUGGUUUUCCCAUAGCUAAAAAUUCGAGGGUCGUAGUAAAUCUGUAUGCAAUCAAUCGUGAUCCAAACGCAUGGGAAAAUGCGGCAGAAUUUGUGCCAGAGAGGUUCUUGAUCAAUACUAUAAACGCGAUUGGCCAUGAUGAUCCCGAGGACAUGAAAGGCCAGAAUUUCAGCUACGUGCCUUUUGGAGGUGGACGUAGAGGUUGCCCGGGAGCUGGUCUAGCUACAUCAGUGUUGCAUGUAACACUUGCAGGAGUAAUCCAAUGCUUUGAUUGGAAAAUAAAAGGAGCAGAUAAGGUUAAUAUGGAAGAAGGAGCAGGAUUUUCUGCAGCAAUGGUUCAUCCUUUGGUUUGUUAUCCUAUUUUACGCGUUGAUCCGUCGGUUAUUGCAAUUUAGCACUUCAUGCCAAGAAUUUCCACUCGUGAUCACAGGAAAUUAUGAAUGUUUCUUUUACAGAUAUCACAUUAAGUAGUUAGUAAAAGAAUGCAUGCACUACAUUUUCUAUGCUAAACAAUCAAGAUUGUCAUUAGAAAGACAAACUCCGUCUAUAUUUUCUAGUAGCCAGUUCAAAGAUGAAAGUUCCAGUAGAUUGACAA